AGUUAGUUCGGACUUCAGCCUAGACAAGCCACUUUUCUCAUCGUCCCCAGGAUUGCCGAGUUUUUUCCUUCUAACUCGCUCCGCCAUGAUGGUGUUGUUUUCGUUCCCGCAACUCUUAGAUGAACAUCGUCGCUUUAUUCCUAUCAUCCGAUUUUGUCAAGGGUUGCGCGUAUUGGUUUCGCAUUGGGAGUGAAAUGGCAUCUGUGAAGAACACAUCGACAAGCGGUGGUCCCUCUGCCCCCGGGGAGGGACAACAUUUGUCGCAAUCUACUCCUCUGUAUUUUCAUUCGAGGGAUGCACCAUGGUUUCUGGACUUCGUUGUCGACCGGGAGCUUGUCGGGCCAGCUGUUUUCAUGCGGGGCCCUGCCAUUCCGGAAGCUGCGGGAGCAACGGACGUUUAUCCUCUCGGUACCAUCACCGGGUACCGCAAACAGUCUGGAGGCUUGCUCAAGCUGCAGACUAACAUCUUGUACGACCACUGCAGACUGCCUUUCAGAGGUGUUAAGGGUGUGGUAGUGUCGGUCAAGACUUUCGCUGGGUACGGCUCGAAUAUGCUGCUCUGCCGUCACUUCAAAGUGCUUUACGAUGCCAAACGCAGGCCUCUUCCACCUCCAGUGGACUAUCUCGAUCUUGCGCUGAAGGUGCCGAAAGAGCGUCUUAUUCUUCCUCGAGAUUAUGUUUUUCGGCUUCUGACAGCCCACAAGGGGUCUUUCAGCUCACCUCGGGAAACCCCUGUGACGAAAGUGGGGCACGGGAGUGUCAUUCUCGGCAUUGAGGGUCAGGGCAUGGAACCGACGGGUGGGAGUCAGACGCCGGUCCCCCCGGCUGCUCAAGGGAGCGCCUUUGGCGGGGGGCCAUCUUCUUCGGAGCAGAACCGCGAGCGACAGUGGAGGGUGCGAGAAGAGGUGGCGGAAGAAACCAGAUACAUGAAGAGGUUGAAAGGAUCAUCGGAGUCUGCGAUUGGCGGGGAUGAAGGUGGCGUUGUGGGACAUGGCACCGGAAAAAAGAUGCCAAGGAUGCGUGGAGGACAAGAAGAUGUCAAAAAGAGGCAGUCGAAUCAAGAAACUGCAACGACGCGCAAAAAGACGGCCGGCGGUUUGACCAUCGGCGAGCGGCAAGCUGAGGGUGAAAGAGAUUCGGCUCGUGGAGGCGUUCCCGUCGCGGGGGAACCCUCCGAGAAAUCGAAACGGAAAUUGGCAGCUGAAGUAGGCGAUCGGCAGAAGAAAAGUCGGAGGAGGAAGAGUGGUGAGGGGGCGAGUGGUGGCGAAAGGGUGGUUGCCAAGCGGUACGACGAAGCCACAAUGUUCUGGCUCGAAUACGAGUGGAACGAUGACGAAGAUAUCGUUGAGAAGGAGACCCCGAUUCAACUGCUCUUCGGCCCCAGGAGGGUCUGCGACAUCCCCACGUGGGAGGGAGAUUAUAAUCACCGCAGUCUCACUCGCGAUAAUGUCGACGACAUCAAAAACACAAUGUGGAGGCAGUUCCACGAGGAGAAGGGAAAAAUAUGGACGAAAAACCCUUUGGUUCUGGCACCGAUCUACAAGCCGGUGACGCAGCGCCAGGAGACAGCUUAGAGGGUUCACAAGGAUGACUUCAGGCCUGAGGACAAGGACAAGUACUUCUAUUACCCUGUCAACGGACAACACACCGUGGCUGCUGUACAAGCAUUGGACGGUG